CAAGGUAAAACCGAGCGGACCCUCUGGCCGAUUGACACUGCUUGUUGUCUCUCUUUCAUUUGCGAAUUCACCACAGGGCAAUGGCCACCAAGCGCAACUUCUCAAAAUCUGACCUGGCGCGCGAGAAUGGAAACUUUCCCUUUGAGUCUACUCGUACUUCUCAAAUAACACCUCUCAGGUCCUAUCUGUUGCUGGCCGUCUAUGUCCUUUCUGCAAUUCUUCUAGGAUCCUCCCUUCAUUACCAGCUACCUCAGCCAAAGUCCCACCGCGGUAUCAGCCCUCAGACUGACGCUGCUGAAUUUUCCGAAUACAAUGCUCUCGAGACUAUCACCUAUUUAGGAGAGACGCUUGGCUAUCGUAUCGUUGGAACUAUCGAAGAAGCUCAAUCGGCAGACUAUCUAUUGAACAAGAUUGAAAGCUACCAGCAAUUUGCUCAGUCUAUUCCUCAAGCGCCUAAAUUUGACAUUUGGGUUCAGCACCAAAAUGGCAGCCACCGUUUUGAUAUUAUGGACCACAUGGUUUUGAAAAUGUACACCAAUGUCACCAAUAUCAUUGUGCGUCUAUCGUGUCCAGAAUCAGCUGCUCAUCCAUCACGAGAGUGUGAAAACAAUGCAGUUCUACUCAAUGCGCACUUUGAUACUACCCUGGGAUCACCAGGAGCAUCAGAUGAUGGAUCAGGUAUUGCUGUUAUGCUCGAAAUUAUUCGCAUCAUGAGCCAGCAGUCAUGGGAUGGGUAUAAGAAUUCAGUGGUAUUUUUGUUCAACGGAGCCGAGGAAUCCCUACAAGAUGCGUCACAUGCUUUUAUCACUAUGCAUGAGCUGAAGGACUCGAUUCGUGCUGUCGUUAAUGUGGAUUCAUGUGGUACGACCGGCAGAGAGAUUCUUUUCCAAGCGAACUCACGUGAAAUGAUCGAUGCCUACAAGCAGGCUCCAUAUCCUCACGGCACUGUCAUGGCAAAUGAUGUUUUCAGCACAGGAUUGAUUUUAAGUGAUACCGACUUUAGACAAUUUGUAGAAUAUGGCGAUAAUCUGACAGGUAUCGACAUGGCUCUAUACAAAAAUUCGUACUUGUACCACACACACUUGGAUACUCCAAAAUACUUGCAGAGGGGUUCCAUUCAGCAUUUGGGUGAAAAUGUCUUGGCUAUAACAAAUCAUUUGGUAAAGAAUACCACGCUGACAGGCAUUGAGAAGUCAAAUCAGGUCGUCUAUUUUGAUGUUUACGGCAAAUUCUUCCUAGUCUACUCUUGGGAAACCGCUUUCAUCAUUCAAAUGGCUACGGUUGCUGCUUCAGGUUGCUUCUUUGCAUACACCUUGUGGCGAUCUACGACCACCUCGCCUUAUCGAUCGAUCACCCAAACCGUCACUGCUUACAUCGUUUCCAUCAUCUCUGUUUUGAUAAGCUUUGCAUCCGCCGUCAUUGCCCCGAAUAUUGUUGCUUUCAUCCUUACAAGUAGCUUGAUCGAUAGACCGAUGACAUGGUUCUCCAACGAAGCACUGGGUGGACUCAUCUUUGGUCCUGCAGCUCUUUGUGCCGUUUUGGCUACUCAGUUGGCGUUUAGCUUGAUCCCCAUUGCUCCUCACCCUGAUCCGGAACAUGCUGGGUUUAUCUCCGUACUAAUGUGUUUUACCCUUGUUACCAUGGCCACUACCUUGUCUGGAGUUGCAAGCUCUUACAUUUUCUUUGUUUUCACCUCCGUGUUGCUCGUCGCUAGUGUUGUGAACGAAGUCUUCUUGGCUCCUACAGCUAACAAGUCGUCGCCAAAGAGCAGCUCAAGAGUUGGUCGCUUAAGUCAUUGGACCUAUAUGAUCAGUGUCUUCCCCUUGUCCUUCAUCUACAUCGACUACGUGUUCUCAUUGAUCGACAUCUUCGUUCCACUCACUGGGCGUAUGGGUAUCGACACUCCUGUGGACAAUAUCGUUGGUUUUAUCUUUGGCAUGGUCACAUUCAUGCUCUCGCCUGCUUUAAUCGCUCACGCUCACCGGUUCGGAAAGAAGGUUCUGGUCAAGUCUAUUGGUGUUCUUUUUAUUCUUCAAGUCGCCAUUAUGAUUUCUGCUAUCUACUCUGGUGGUUCAUACGGAGGCUGGGCAUUCCCCUACGACGAACUCCACCCCAAGCGACUUUUUGUACAGCACAUUAAGAAUAUCACUAGUGGAGAAGCCUCCAUUAUUGUGGCCGAAGCUGACAAGGGUCCUUACACUCUACCCAUUGUGAACCAACUGGAAGAAGCCUUUGGAGUGCAAGCGGAAAAGCGUGGUGGACCUUCGCAUGCUGCCGACUGGGACUCAGUUUAUCCUUUCAGCGCUUUCCUUGGCGGCUACCGUUUCGAUUCCAAUCAGUAUAUCAAAGAUCACACCUCCAAUGGAACUCUGGCUACUUCCAGUGAACCUGUUGGUCUGCAAUUGAGCGGUAAGGUACCUACUGUCAAAUCAUUCGAUAGCCAGUACGAUCAUAAGACGGGCAUCCGCACUUUCUCCGUUAUCUCUAUUGCUCCUUCCUUCACUUGGACCGUCAUCUCCUUUGACGCCCACGUUGUCUCUUGGAACAUUGGUGAUACUCAGCCCCUGAACCACACUUCGCACUACGUUGUUCGCCAUGUUGGUGGCUAUGGAAGCGAUGGUUGGCGACUUGAUCUUCAAGUUCUAGUUCCUGAACACGUUCGUCAACAAGGCGAAGAAGCUGCUCGAGCUUGGACCAUGCGUGCUGAAUUCACUGCUUUGGAGAAGGAAGGGUUCGCAGAUCGUGGUGAUGAACGUCUCAUUGGAGGUGUUGGUAUGCUUGCUGAAGUCAGGAAGUUGCUUCCCAUCUGGACUUCCACAACAUGGCUUGGGUCCGUCGUUGGCGUCUGGGACUUGUAAGACUGCAACUUUGCUUUGGACCACCACCUUUUCUUCCUUGCUUUUUCAAUUGUAAUCUCGCAGCCUUCUAUGUAGAAUAUGUACUUUACGCCUUUGAUACGCAGAUUUCAAUGAACAGCGCAUAUGUUAGAUUUGCAAUUCCAAUAACAUACAGUAAACAUACAUACACAUUUACAAUUCUCUCCUCUCACAUU